CCGCCGCCCCGCGCCCCCGCUCCGCGCCCCCGCUCCCCCCACGCCGCCUCCGGGGCCGCCGCCAUGGCUAUGAGGCAGACCCCGCUGACGUGCUCCGGGCACACGCGGCCCGUGGUGGACCUGGCCUUCAGCGGCGUCACCCCCUACGGCUACUUUCUCAUCAGCGCCUGCAAGGAUGGUAAGCCUAUGCUGCGUCAGGGUGACACAGGAGACUGGAUUGGCACAUUUCUAGGUCAUAAAGGUGCUGUUUGGGGUGCCACUUUGAACACGGAUGCCACUAAAGCAGCUACAGCAGCAGCAGAUUUUACAGCCAAAGUGUGGGAUGCUGUGUCAGGCGAUGAACUAAUCACAUUGGCUCACAAACACAUUGUCAAAAGUGUGGAUUUUACACAGGAUAGCAAUUAUCUGUUAACAGGUGGACAAGAUAAACUAUUGCGUAUCUAUGACUUGAGCAAGCCAGAAGCAGAACCUGACGUUGUCAGUGGACAUACUUCCGGCAUUAAAAAGGCUUUAUGGAGCAGUGAUGACAAACAGAUUCUUUCAGCUGAUGAUAAAACUGUCCGCCUCUGGGACCGGAGUACCAUGACCGAAGUGAAGGCACUAAACGUUGCAAUGUCAGUGAGCAGCAUGGAGUAUGUUCCAGAAGGACAGAUACUUGUGAUAACCUAUGGGAAGACUAUUGCUUUUCAUAGUGCAGAAACUCUAGAGCAGAUUAAAUCAUUUGAAGCACCUGCUACAAUCAAUUCUGCAUCACUUCACCCUGCGAAAGAAUGUUUGGUUGCAGGUGGUGAAGAUUUUAAACUUUAUAAAUAUGACUACAAUACAGGAGAAGAAUUAGAAUCUUACAAAGGACACUUUGGUCCAAUUCACUGUGUGAGAUUUAGCCCUGAUGGAGAGUUAUAUGCAAGUGGCUCUGAGGAUGGUACACUAAGGCUGUGGCAGACAACAGUAGGGAAAACCUAUGGUCUUUGGAAGUGUGUAGUUCCUGAAGAGGAGAAUGCAGAAGCAGCAAAAGCAAGGACCACCCUUCCAGGAACUGCAGAGGAAGAACUAGAAGAUCUUGCCUCUGAAAACUCAGAUUCAGUGUACAGCUCAACUCCUGAAGUUAAGGCCUGAUUAUUGCAACUGUUAUGCGACAUGUGGACAUACGAGACUAAAUCAAGUGAACAGUGAUGAACAGCAGCCUUCCAGAGUGUGCUCUCUACAUAAGGCAAAGAUGGGCAGUAAUUGAUGAGAAUGCGGUGGAACUGGCUAGGUGUUGUCUGUAAGAGAACUGAGCAUCCAAAUAAUAAAAAAAAAAGACAAGUAGUAGAGUUUUGCUAUCUUUUUAGCAUAACUGCCUACUGUCUUUUCAAAGAAGUGUGCAAGCCAAGAUCCAGUCUCUCCAAUUUCAAUUAGACUCAUUGUAGUGUGUUUUCUUUAUUAUGGAGAAGAGGUACAAUGGCUUUUACCCAUUUUUUUUUUUCUUGAAAGUUGGAAAAUUUGGCUUUAGUUCAAAAGAAGGGAUUACAUACUUCCAGUAUUUGGUUCGGGUUUUGUUUCAUUGUAUGCUGCUUCUGAAUGUUUAACUGUUUUCAGUUGUUUAAAUAAAAUGCCUCUCAAAACUCGUA